AUGAAACAGAUCGGUUUUCUUCGAACGUUAACGGUAAAACUGUUAUGUGCAGUUUUCUCUUUUGGACUCCUUGGGAUGGCUCGAGGACUGGAUGAAGGCCUCAUAUCGACCACAGUAGCUCAACCCUCCUUUAUUCACCAGUUCCACCUUGAGGAUGCCGACCUUAGUGCAUCGGAGAAAGCCAACCGGCUCUCCAAUAUAACCUCUAUGGUUCAUAUCGGAAGUAUUCCCGGAGCAUUAUUGGCUUUCAUUAUGUGUGAGCACGUCGGAAUGCUCUGGACUAUGCGACAGCUGUGUAUUAUGUGGGCAGCUGGAGUAGUCAUGGUUAUUACAGCUGCGGGGAGCAUUGGUCAGGUCUAUGCUGGUCGCUUCAUCAUGGGGUUAGGGAUUGGACAAGCCGGGGUCGUCGUACCCAUCUAUCUCUCUGAGGUGGCUACCCCGUUGCUCCGAGGACUUAUGGUCUGCACAUUCGCUACAUCUGAGUACAUGGGGAUUAUGAUAGGGUAUUUCUCAAGCUGGGGAACGACCAUGCACAUCUCCAACAACAGCUCAAAACAAUGGAUAAUCCCACAGUCUAUCCAGAUUAUAGUUUCUGGCAUUCUUUUGCUUUCGUCGUUCGCCUGUGAGGAGAGUCCCCGAUAUCUCUGUAAAGCCGGACGCUUUGCCGACGGUACCCAGGCCCUAAGUCGGUUAUGGAAUAUACCAAUCCACGACCCACGCAUUCAGCACGAAUUCGAAGGUAUUCUAAACCAAAUGGGAGACACACCAGCGGGCACGAGGACCCAGCGCUUGGGCAGGGCUAUAAAGCAACUUAUCACAGACAAAUCCAAUCUAUCAAGAUUGACAUUUUUGGCGAUCACUCAGGUCCUGAGCCAGUGGUCUGGUGCCACAUCCGUUACCACUUACGCUCCGAAGCUCUUUUCACUUCUCGGAGAGACGGGCCAGUCCCAGAAGCUCCUGUGCACCGCCAUUUUAGGUGCCGUCAAAUUUGUUGCAUCGCUUAUAUGCACGGUAUUUCUGAUUGACUAUACCGGACGGAAAUGCCCUCUGAUUACAGGAAUUAUCAUUCAAUUCAUCGCUAUGCUCUACAUUGCCAUCUAUCUAACCGUGGCAUUGCCAUCCACCCAUCCCAUUAGUUCAAAUUCAGAGCACAAUGCAGCCAUCGCCGCCAUCGUCUGUCUCUAUCUCACGGGUGUGGGCUGGGCCCUGGGAUGGAACUCGAUUCAGUACCUCAUAAACGCAGAGAUUCUCCCGCUAUCUGUGAGAACCGUAGGGUCCAGUGCACUCAUGUGCUUCCAUUUCGCCAAUCGAUAUGGCCUGUCUAAGGCAGUUCCGUCCAUGUUGCUUGAGCAUGCACUGCAGCCUGAGGGGACAUUCUGGCUCUUUGCCGCGGUUACAAUAUUAGGCUUAAUAUGGGUUUAUUUUCGACUCCCAGAGACCGCUAGGCGGAAUCUUGAGGAGGCGAACAUACUGAUCUCAUGA